GAGCAGCGCCGCUUCAUCGAGGAGAAGUUGAAGAGCGACCUCCGAGAGAGCCGCGCGGAGCGCGGCUGGCUGUGCGGCUGCACGUCGCGGCACCCAAUCUGGCGCGAGGGCGGCGCCUAUGGCGGCUGCCGCGACUGCUUCGACGCGCAGCUAGUCGAGAUGAUCGAAACGCGCGCCCUCGGCGCCGACAACCCGCGCAAGAAGGCGUGGGUCGACGCGCGCACCUACGAGUGGGACGUCCACUACUUCUACCCGAUGGCCGACGAGGCGGCGCGGGAGCUGAUGCAGAGCGGCACGUUCACCGAGUCGCACAAGGAGGAGCUCAGGCAGCGGCUGCGUGCCGCGCGCGCGGCGGAUGCGGCGGCAGAGGCGGAGGCCGAGGCGGUGGCUGAGGCGGCAGAGGAGGCGGCGAGGGAGAAGGCGCUGGCGGAGGCGGUGGGUUGGGCGGCGGCGGUGGCGGAGAGCGCGGGGCCCGACAACGCCUCGCUGCCGUCGGCAGCCGCAAGCGUGGCCGCCACGCCGGGCGCCUUUGCCUCUCGCGACAUGCACAUGUGCCCCGACCCCGAUUACGCGGACUGCGCGGCGGAGUUUGAGUGUAUGGCGUGCGUGGGGGAGGACGAGGGCGGCGUGCUGGUGUGAGCGUGUGAGAGGGCUGGCUCUGUGACACGCCUCUUGCUCUUCGGACUAGGUCCAUCUUCGGUCCUCGCUCUUCCCGGUCGCGCGCGGAGUCUGGAUUGUCGCCAGUCGCGAGUGCGCGGGUACGCGUGUGCGUGCGGGUCGGCGUGUGUGUGCAUGUGUGCGUGGGGACGCGUGCAUUCUUAAUCAUUCUCUUUGCGAACUUA